UCCUUCCGCUUACGUCAUCACAGAGAGACGUCGGGAGGAGGUUUUAAAGGGACCAUGACCUCCCGGAGCCGCCGCCGAGGCCGGAGCGGGGCGGGAAGCAAUUGAUUUCUGCAUGGGCGAAGCCCCUCGGCGGACAUGGGGCAGAGUGCAUUGGAGCCACAGGAGGAGGCGGAGGACGCGUCCCUGAUGGCCACUUUGUCUGAGCUCUUUACCAAGGAGCAGCUCUCCACCAGCACGGUGCUGUGGGCGAUGCUCAGCCUCAGCCUCUUCACCAUCCUCUUUGCAAUUGGCGUCGUGCUGCUGGUCCGGCGGCUGCGCCUUAAGAAGGUGCCCGCACAGGAGACGCCCAAAUACCGCUUCCGGAAGAGGGACAAGAUGCUGUUCUAUGGGCGCAAGAUCAUGCGCAAGGUCUCCCAGUCCACCUCCUCGCUGGUGGACACCACCAUUUCCAGCACCUCGCGGCCCCGCAUGAAGAAAAAACUCAAAAUGCUCAACAUUGCCAAAAAGUUCCUGAGGAUCCAGAAGGAGCUGCCCACGUUGCAGCUGAAGGAACCCCCUCCCUCGGUGCUGGAAGCUGACCUGACCGAAUUUGACGUGGCCAAUUCCCACCUCCCCUCCGAGGUGCUUUACAUGCUCAAAAACGUCCGGGUGCUGGGACACUUUGAGAAGCCACUGUUUCUGGAGCUCUGCAAGCACAUGGUUUUCCAGCAGUGUCAACAAGGGGAUUAUGUGUUCAGACCCGGGCAGCCCGACACCAGCAUCUACGUGCUGCAGGACGGCAAGCUGGAGCUGCUCCUCACCGAGCCGGAUGGGAAGGAGACAGUGAUGAAAGAGGUGUUUCCUGGAGACAGCGUGCACAGCCUGCUCAGCAUCCUCGAUGUCAUCACGGGCCACCAGCGGCCGUACCGCACGGUGUGCGCGCGGGCAGCGGAGGAUUCUACAGUUCUGCGUUUACCAGUUGAAGCCUUUUCAGCUGUCUUUGAGAAAUACCCCGAGAGCCUGGUGCGGGUGGUGCAGAUCAUCAUGGUGCGCUUGCAGCGCGUCACCUUCCUGGCUCUGCACAAUUACCUGGGGCUGACCAACGAGCUUUUCAGCCACGAGAUGCAGCCGCUGAGGCUCUUCCCACAGCCCAACCUCGCCACCCGCACCAGCCCAGUCCGCCAUGGCAAGCGGGGUCUCGGCGCUGCUGAGGAGGGCAGGGAGAGACCAGCGGAGCUGAUUGAGCCGCUGAAAGCUGGAGUUCUGGAUGCCUCUGCACCACCGCUGCUGAGCCGCUGCAUCUCCAUGCCGGUGGAUAUCUCUGGCAUCCAGAAGGGUCCCCGCUCCGACUUCGACAUGGCCUACGAGCGCGGCCGCAUCUCAGUGUCGCUGCAGGAGGACAGCAGCAGCCCCCUGGCUGCCUUCUCUCGGUCCAUCUCACACGAGCCCAAGGAACGCAAGUCGGUGACGGUGGAGGAGCAGCCAUCGGGCGUCUACAGGUACAGCUGCGAGGACGACCCAGCCGUGGCCGAUUGCCCCUUCGAGCCUUACCAGGGUCGCCAAACCAGCUCCAUCUUCGAGGCGGCCAAGCAAGAGUUGGUCAAACUCAUGAAGGUGGAGGACCCUUCUCUUCUCAACAACCGCGUCUUGCUUCACCACGCCAAAGCUGGGACAGUUAUUGCCCGUCAAGGGGACCAAGACGUGAGCCUCCACUUUGUGCUGUGGGGCUGCCUGCACGUCUACCAGAGGAUGAUCGACAAGGCCGAGGACGUCUGCCUCUUCCUGACGCAGCCUGGGGAGAUGGUGGGGCAGCUGGCCGUGCUCACCGGGGAGCCCCUCAUCUUCACCAUCAAGGCCAACCGCGACUGCACCUUCCUCAAGAUCUCCAAGUCGGACUUCUACGAGAUCAUGCGGGAGCAGCCCAGCGUGGUGCUGAGCGUCGCCCACACCGUGGUCACCCGCAUGUCGCCCUUCGUGCGCCAAAUGGACUUCGCCAUCGAUUGGAUGGCGGUGGAAGCCGGCCGGGCUCUCUACAGGCAGGGUGACAAGUCGGACUGCACCUACAUCGCGCUCAACGGGCGGCUCCGCUCCGUCAUCCAGAAGGGCAGCGGCAAAAAGGAGCUGAUUGGGGAAUACGGCCGCGGGGAUCUGAUCGGCGUGGUGGAAGCGCUCACCCGGCAGCCCCGUGCCACCACGGUGCACGCAGUGCGGGAUACGGAGCUGGCCAAGCUGCCCGAAGGCACCUUGAACAACAUCAAGCGUCGGUACCCUCAGGUUGUCACCCGUCUCAUCCACCUCCUGAGCCAAAAGAUCUUGGGAAACCUCCAGCAGCUCCGUGGCCCCUUCGCAGGCUCUGGUUUGGGCAUGGCCUCCAGCUCGGAGCCCACCAACCCCACCAGCAACCUGUCAACGGUGGCGGUGCUGCCGGUGUGCGACGACGUGCCCACGGCUGCCUUCACCUUGGAGCUCAAGCACGCACUGAAUGCCAUCGGUCCCACGCUGGUCCUCACCAGCGACAUCAUCCGUGCCCGACUCGGCUCCUCGGCGCUGGACAGCAUCCACGAGUAUCGUCUGUCAGGCUGGCUGGCCCAGCAGGAGGACAUCCAUCGCAUCGUGCUCUACCAGACUGACUGCACUCUGACGCCGUGGACCGUGCGCUGCAUCCGGCAGGCAGACUGCAUCCUCAUCGUCGGGCUGGGGGACCAGGAGCCGGCGCUGGGAGAGCUGGAGCAGAUGCUGGAGAACACAGCGGUGCGUGCAUUGAAGCAGUUGGUCCUCCUGCACCGUGAGGACGGUCCCAGCCCAUCGCGCACCGUUGAGUGGCUCAACAUGCGGAGCUGGUGCUCGGGUCACCUGCACAUCAAGUGUCCGCGCCGCGUCUUCUCCCGACGCAGCCCCGCCAAGCUGCGAGAGAUGUACGAGAAGGUGUUCGCCAAGAGCGCCGAUCGGCACAGCGACUUCUCCCGCCUGGCGCGGGGGCUCACCGGGAACACCAUCGCCCUCGUGCUGGGUGGUGGAGGAGCCAGGGGCUGCUCCCACAUCGGGGUGAUCAAGGCGAUGGAGGAGGCGGGGAUCCCCAUCGACAUGGUUGGUGGCACCUCCAUCGGCUCCUUCAUCGGCGCGCUGUACGCCGAGGAGCGCAGCGCUGUGCGCACCAAGCAGCGGGCGCGGGAGUGGGCCAAGCGCAUGAAUUCGGUGUUUGCGACCGUCCUGGACCUCACCUACCCCAUCACCUCCAUGUUUUCGGGCUCAGCCUUCAACGCCAGCAUCCACAAAGUUUUCCAGGACAAGCAGAUCGAGGACCUUUGGCUUCCCUACUUCAACGUCACGACAGACAUCACAGCCUCAGCCAUGCGGGUGCACACAGAUGGCUCGCUCUGGCGGUACGUGCGAGCCAGCAUGACCCUAUCUGGGUACCUGCCACCCCUCUGCGACCCCAAGGACGGCAACUUGCUGAUGGACGGGGGUUACAUCAACAACCUGCCAGCUGACAUCGCUCGCAACAUGGGUGCCAAGACGGUGAUUGCCAUCGACGUGGGCAGCCAGGACGAGACAGACCUGUGCAACUACGGGGACAGCCUGUCGGGAUGGUGGCUGCUCUGGAAGCGCCUCAACCCAUGGGCUGAAAAAGUCAAGGUGCCCGACAUGGCGGAGAUCCAGUCGCGCUUGGCGUACGUGUCGUGUGUGAGGCAGCUGGAGGUGGUGAAGUCCAGCUCGUACUGUGAGUACAUCCGUCCCCCCAUCGACCGCUUCAAGACGAUGGAUUUUGGCAAGUUCGAUGAGAUCUACGAUGUGGGUUACCAGCAUGGCAAAUUGGUUUUCGAUGGCUGGAAUCGGGGUGACAUCAUUGAGAAGAUGGUGAAGGACCGGCGCUCGGCCGACUUCUAUGAGAGCAAACGCAUGGAUGUGCUCACCUACCCCAGUGCUGGUUUCACAGACCUGGCAGAGAUCAUCUCCCGCAUUGAGCCCGCCAAGCCCUACCCAUCGGACGGACACGCGGACGAGGAGUCUGACUACCUCACCGAGUACGAAGACGAGGGGCCGGAGCUGUCGCGGGGCGAGGAGGAGGCGUUCGCCCCGACGGAGUGGCCUGGAGCUGGAGUGACAGAGGCUGAAGAAGAGCAGACCCUGCGGCGCCGCCCCGGCGCGGCUCAGCCCCCCUCUCCGCCCCCCACCUGAACCCUGCAGACCCUGAAGGACCCCGGCAGCCCCCGGUUGCUGCCCCCCAGCUCUACCUCCGCGCCCCGGGGCCCCCCACCCCACUUUGUGGCCGUGGCUUUGCCCCAUGGCGCUCCCCACCCACCCAGCACCGUCCCCAAUUCAGGGGGUCGCAGGUCCCCUCCUUUCCCCCCCCCCAUCCUGCACUGUUGCACUGGCCCAAACCCCCCCUUGUCGCCGCAGGGCCGACCUCGUGGUGGCGGGGAGGAAACGACUGCUGGAGGAUUUUUGUUCGGUUCUCUUCCGUUCCGUUUUGUUUCUUUGCUCGAUGGUUGGUUUUGUUUUUGUUUUGUUUUGUUUUUUUAAUUAUUGUUAUUUAAAAACGAA